AACGCGUUCUUGACUUUUUUCACGCGUUCUUGAUCCUGAAACAAUCGGGUUGAUAUUAACUCAUCAGCCACACAGCGAUAACACUGAAAAGCUUCUCAUCCAUCCUUCACUGAGGUACAAUGUACAAUGGCCUCUUCUUCAUCUUCCUCUUCCAACUCUCGGUGUAGCGAUGGUGUGUUUUUGAGUUUCAGGGGUGAAGACACCCGUAAAGGCUUUACUGAUCACCUGUACCAGGCGUUAGAUCGGGUAGGAAUUCCAACAUUCAGAGACGAUGAAAAGCUCCAACGAGCAGAGGAAAUUGAACCACAACUAGUUGAAGCAAUAAAGAAGUCAAAGAUUGCACUCAUCGUUCUUUCGAAAAAUUAUGCUGGUUCGAGAUGGUGCUUGGAAGAACUUGCCGAAAUUAUGGAAUGCGAGAUGACAAUGGGUCAGGUGGUUUACCCUGUUUUCUAUGAUGUUGAGCCAAGAGAUGUGCGCAAACAGAUUGGGAGUUUUGGAAAAGCAUUUGACGACGUCAAAGAGCGAUUCAAAUUGGAGACAGCGAAAGUGGAGAGGUGGACAAAUGCUCUCAAAAAAGCGGCAGAUAUUUCUGGUUGUGUUGUACGAAAUGUUGCCAAUGGGCAUGAGGGACAGGUUAUCAAAGACAUUAUUACAAAAGUAUCGAGUAUUCUUACUCCAGCAGAAUUGCUUAUUACUAAAUAUGCAGUUGGAUUGGAUUCUCCUGUGGAAAAUGUGGUUUCAAUGUUAAACCUCAAAGAGAAUACGGUUUGUAUUAUAGGGAUAUGUGGAAUGGGAGGAAGUGGUAAAACAACCAUUGCAAAGGCUGUCUAUAAUCGAAUUCAUAAGAGUUUUGAAGGUAAAUGCUUCCUCAAAUGUAGUAGCAACGUACUUUUUCUACAACAACAACUUAUUGGUGAUAUUUUAAUGGAUCAGAAAGAGGGAGAAGUUAUACACCAUGUUGACAGGGGAAAAAUGAUGAUUCGAGGAAGACUCAGUAAUAAAAAGGUUCUUGUGAUUCUUGAUGAUGUUCAACAUAAAGACCAAAUAAAGGCAUUGGCUGGGGAGCAUGAUUGGUUUGGUGGUGGUAGUAGAAUUAUCAUAACAACAAGAGAUAAAGGUUUGCUAAAACUAGUGAAUGUGAAAAAGGAUGUGGAUAAGACGACAUAUAGUGUUCAAGAAUUGAAUGGGGAACAUUCUACUGAGCUCUUUUGUUUACAUGCUUUUAAAGAAAAACAUCCCCCAGAAAAUUAUGUAGAUCUCACAAGGCGUAUACUAUGGCAUCUUCAAGGGCUGCCUUUAGCUAUUGAGGUUUGGGGUGGUUUCUUAAAUGGAAAAAACGUAUCUCAAUGGGAAGAAGCUGCAGGGAAGUUAGAAAAGAUUCAUCAUGAUGAAAUUCAGAGUAAACUCAAGAUCAGUUAUGAUGCAUUGGAAGAUGAUGAUCUAAAGAAUAUAUUCCUUGACAUUGCAUGCUUCUUUACUGGUAUGAAUGUGGACUAUGUCAGUACAAUUCUAGAUGGUUGUGGCUUCUAUCCAAAAAAUGGAAUUCAUGAUCUCAUUUCUAAGUCUCUUGUAAAGACCGAUGAAAGGAAUCGGUUAACAAUGCACAAAGUACUUCAAGACAUGGGGAGAGAAAUUGUUCGCAAAGAAUCGCCUAAUGAACCUGGAGAGCGAAGCAGAUUAUGGUUGGAAGAGAAUGACUGGACAGAAGAAUCGCCUAAUGAACCUGGAGAGGGAAGCAGAUUGUGGUUGGAAGAAGAUGACUGGACAGAAGAAUCGCCUAAUGAACCUGGAGAGCGAAGCAGAUUGUGGUUGGAAGAGGAUGCCGUUGAUGUGUUGAGAGAAAACAAGGGAACCAAUAAAAUUCAGGGGUUCAGCCUUCAAUUAUUCUUCGAAGAAAAAGAACCAUUGCGAGUUGGUACUAAAGCAUUUGGGAAGAUGACCAAUCUUAGACUGUUCAGACUUGAUGGCGUAAUUCUCGAACUCGAAGGAAGCUAUGAAAAUAUGCCGAAAAAGAUAAGAUGGCUCCAUUGGCAUAGAUUCCCUUUGGAGUCUAUACCAAUAGAUUUCGAUUUAUCGCGUCUUGUUGUUCUCGAGAUGACAAGUAGCCAUCUCAAAAAUGUUUGGGAGGACGGAAUGCAACCGUGUCUCAUGCACAAUUUGAAAAUCCUUGAUCUUAGUGACUCCAACUCCCUAAUAAGGACCCCUGACUUCUCAAAGCUCCCUAAACUAGAGAGGUUGAUCCUUGAAGGUUGUUCAAGUUUGGUUGAGGUUCAUGAAUCCAUUGGAUGCCUUAAGAAACUAGUUCAUUUGGAUAUGGGACACUGUGCUCGUCUUGUGCAUCUUCCAAAUAGCAUUGGCUAUUUGACGUCUCUGAAACAACUUAUGCUCUCUCAUUGCAACAAGCUCGAAGAAUUGCCAAAGGAAUUGGGGGAGAUGAAAUCUUUAAAGUGUCUUGAUUUAGGUCAAACUGCAAUAAAACGGCUACCAUCUUCAAUUAGACAAUUGAAAUCUCUUGAAACAUUUUGGAUGCAUGGUUGUAAGCAACUUGAAGAAUUUCCAGAGGAAUUGGGGGAGAUAGAAUCUUUAAAGCUUCUUGCUUUAGGUCAAACUGCAAUAAAACGGCUACCAUCUUCAAUUGGACAACUGAAAUCUCUUGAAACAUUACGGAUGCAUGAUUGUGAGCAACUUGAAGAAUUUCCAGAAGAAUUGGGGGAGAUGGAAUCUUUAAAGCUUCUUGCUUUAAGUGGAACUGCAAUAAAACGGCUACCAUCUUCAAUUGGACAAUUGAAAUCUCUUGAAAAAUUAGAGAUGAAUCAUUAUAAGCAACUUGAAGAAUUACCAGAGGAAUUGGGGGGGAUGGAAUCUUUAAAGUUUCUUGCUUUAAGUGGAACUGCAAUAAAACGGCUACCAUCUUCAAUUAGACAAUUGAAAUCUCUUGAAAAAUUAGAGAUGAAUUAUUGUAAGCAACUUGAAGAAUUACCAGAGGAAUUGGGAGAGAUGAAGUCUUUAAAGUGUCUUGAUUUAAGUCAAACUGCAAUAAAACGGCUACCAUCUUCAAUUGGACAAUUGAAAUCUCUUGAAAUGUUAGACAUGAAUCAUUGUAGGCAACUUGAAGAAUUACCAGAGGAAUUGGGAGAGAUGAAGUCUUUAAAGUGUCUUGCUUUAAGUGGAACUGCAAUAAAACGGCUACCAUCUUCAAUUGGACAAUUGAAAUCACUUGAAAAUUUAGAGAUGAAUCAUUGUAAGCAACUUGAAGAAUUACCAGAGGAAUUGGGAGAGAUGAAGUCUUUAAAGUGUCUUGAUUUAAUGGAAACUGCAAUAAAACGGCUUCCAUCUUCAAUUGGACAAUUGAAAUCCUUCCAAUUUGCCACGAGGAUUUCUUCCAGCAGUUCCAACAACACCCGCAAUACAUGUUCAAGGUGAUGUAUCUGAGGCUCAGCCUCAGGCUCAAAGUGGUGACCCAGUAACAACUGCGGCAGAGAUUUAUUGUGAAACUGAUGACCCAUGUGGAAGUGGAAGUGGAAUUAUCUUGAAGGAUAGAGUACUCUAUGUGGGGUUGGGGCCAUCAACUGAAACCGAGGACAAUGACUUGUUGCAUUCCCUUCCCGAUCUCAAUGAAGUUCCGCCAUCACCGGUAACAGACGACAACGACGACUUGCACUUUCACCAUUCCCUUCCAGAUCUCAACUACAUUAAUCCACCAAGUUCCAUGCUUUCACCUUCAACAAGGGAUACUUCGUUCCUCCAUCUGGAUGAUAUAGAUGGAAGUAGAUCUGUAGCAGUCAACAGAGGCAUUAAGAGAGGCCACGGUGAAGAUGAGGCAGGGCCCAGUAGUAAUCCGCCAUCUAAGAGAUCCCAUGGUGAAGAGAAUCCCGUAGGUCCACUGAAUGAUACGGACAGGAGAGUGCAGAUUUUCAAUUUCCAGAGCUCUCACUUUUUUUAAUCAAUUAAUUGGCUAUAAAUUUUGCAUUAGUUCCAUUUUGCAUGGUCAAAACGGUUCGAAUGGUUUGAAUGGUUAAUCAGCCGAUUCAACGGUUUUGGGAGAAGAAGCAAUUUUGGAGGAAAGCAGAAUUGGUCCGACCGUCCGGUCCCAUCCGGUUUUGAAAACAGUGCUAUUUUGUAUCCCUUUUUUGAUAAAUUACACGGACCCCUAGGGGUCGGUGACAAUACCCCUGAACUUCAAUUUGUAACAAAAACCCUUCGGAACUUUGGCCGUUAGACAAAGACAUCCUUUUAGUAGUGUUCGGAAA